CUCUCUCUCGCUCGCUUCAUUCCGUCGACUGGCCAUGGGGAUGAGGGCGGAGGAGGAGGAGGAGGGAGGAGGAGGAGGGGAGGAAGCGGAGAUCGAUCGCUUGCCCAUCGACGUGCUGGCUCAGGUCUUCGUCAUGAUCCCCUCCUUCGCCGAUUUGGCCCAGGCGAGCGGGGUGUGCCGGAAAUGGAAGCGGGGAGUGAAGCUGUCGCUGGGGCAGAGGGAGAGGCUGAGCUUCGCCGGGUUGAGGAUGGACGACGACUCCGCCGCCCGCAUCGUUGGCAGCGCCUACGCCCUCCGCGAACUCGACAUCUCGAGGAGUCGUUGGGGCUGCCAUGUAACUGACGAAGGGCUGUACAGAAUUUCGUUGGCGAAAUGCGCGGGGAAGCUGACGUCCAUCUCUCUGUGGGGGAUGACCGGGGUCACCGAUCAUGGUGUUGUUCAGCUGAUUGCUAGAGCUAAUGCUUUGGAACAUCUGAAUAUCGGCGGUACAUUCAUCACUGAUAAAUCAUUAUAUGCAAUUGCCAAUAGCUGUCCACAUCUGAAGAGCAUUGUCCUAUGGAGCUGCCGUCAUGUGACCCAGAACGGACUUCUUUUCCUUGUAAACAGAUGUCGCAAACUUGAAUCAAUCAAUGUCUGGGGAACAAGAGUUCCGAUAGAUUGUUUCGUUGAAUUGCUAAAUAUAAAUCCAGGUCUUCGGAUUAAAUAGAACAAAUACGACUAUUCACGAGUGUUGAGAUCGUCUUGCCUGGCCAGUAAAGUUGCCCAUAAUUCUUCCUG